AAAAACCAACAGAAGAAGCCGACAUUGCAUUUUCGCUUUUUGGUGAAUUCAUUGAUGAGAUUGAAGAGUUUCAAAAUGCUGUUGCUGAAUACUCUGCAUCCGAUCUGCGCCACUACAUGAAGUUGCACCGUCGUUGCCAGCCUCGAUCCACCAAAGCACAUCAAGAAACAGCCAUGGCAGUAUUGGGUUUGUUGACAACUAGAAUCCCUCAAUUCUCGGACUGGCGUGAAUUGGUCAAGGAGGAUGAGCAUGAUGAUGUUGAGCGCUUAAUAUCACAAUUCCCAGAAAAAUUUCAAACUCCAAAAGUCCCCUUUCGUCAGCAUAUUUUUCCACCACCCAGUCUUUAUUUUGAUAAAAACUCGGAGCGUCUUGCUGAAAUGUAUGGCUCAAAUACAGAGCGCGGCUUACCAUCUGAUCGUAUCGUGCUUCUUCGGGAACACUAUGGCUUCAACAAACUUCCAAAUCCCCCCAAACCUUCAAUAUUUGGCAUGAUUUUUACCCAGAUUACUGAUUUCAUGGUCUUAAUUCUUAUUAUUGCUGCUAUUGUGGAAUUUGCAACAAAAGACUCGGACUCUGCCAUUGUGCUGCUAAUUGUAGUUGUUCUUAACGUUACAAUCGGAACAUACCAGGAGUUCAAGGCAAAUCGUGCUUUGGAAGCACUACUAACUCUUUCUGUUCCAAAAGCUACUGUUAUUAGAGAUGGUAUCAAAUCAGUUGUUGAAUCGCGUGAAUUGGUUCCUGGCGAUCUUGUUACGUUGGAAGAAGGCGAUGCAGUUCCUGCAGAUCUUCGUUUGUGCGAAUCUGCCCAGCUUGAAAUUAUCGAAGUGAUUUUGACUGGUGAGGCAUUGCCUAUUUCCAAAAGUAUUCGAACAAUUCGAAAACGAACACGUCGUCUUCCACUUGGUGAUUGCAAAGGAAGCGCAUUCAUGACCACUGUUGUGGCCAAAGGCCGUGGAAAAGGAAUUGUUGUUCGAACUGGCAUUUCAACAGAGAUUGGCAAAAUUAGUCAGGCUAUUUCAUCUACCCCACAUCAAAAAAGCAACAUUGAAAAAAAGCUUUCCACUCUUGGUCAGAUUUUGGUUGCAAUUGCGCUGAUUCUUGUUGUCAUUAUUAUCUGUAUUGGACUUGGUUACAAGCGAUCUGGUUCGGAUAUGCUUAAAGUUGGUAUUAGUCUUGGUGUGUCUGUUAUUCCUGAAGGUCUUGUUGCUGUCGUGACUGUUGCCAUGGCUCUCGGUGUUAGUCGUAUGGCUAGCAAACAUGCUAUUGUCAGAAAACUUCCAUCGGUUGAAACGCUAGGAUCUGUUACUGUUAUUUGCUCUGACAAGACUGGCACGUUGACAGAAGGCAAGAUGGGUGCCCAGGUUCUUUGGACUAGUGACAAUUCGUCGUUUGUCAUGACUCAUUCAACCAGUUUAGAUCCCGAAGCCGGCGUGGUAAACAUUCUUCCAUCUCCAUCACUUACAUCAGCCAUGUCUUCUUCUGGCGAUCCUCCCAAAAUGAAAUCAUUGGAGGCUACUGCUUCUUCCAAGGAUAUUCAACAAAUGCCCAGCCAUUUGGCCGCGUCCAUGACCAUUGCUGCACUUUGCUGCAAUGCUAGCAUUGUACCUGGGCUGAACAAAAUUGGCGAAUAUGCAUUUGACAGUGAUCGUAAACUUAUGAGUGUGAUUUACCAGCAAGGUGCCUCAAAACUGGCUUGCCAUCUUUCUCAAGACUCGGCAUUUGUAUUGGCUAAAGGCGCUCCCGAAUGUGUUCUUUCUCACUGUGUUUCCUAUCUUGGCGUGUCAGAUUCCAAUGCCAAGGGAUUUAAUUUUAUGGAUGAAUUUCCAACGCAUGUACUUGAUGACGCUUUUGUCGACUAUAUAUCAAAACGUAGUUCAAUUAUGGCUUCGUCCGGUCUGCGUGUAUUGGCGCUUGCUAUGCGUAAAGUCACUGCUGAUGAAGGUCUUGGUAUAGCCAAGGCAAAUUCGUACAAGGCUGCCGAAUCUCAGCUUGUGUUUGUUGGUCUUAUUGGUUUAAUUGAUCCACCAAAAGAAGGCGUCAAGGAAAGUGUUGCCACCUGUAAACGUGCAGGAAUUCGAGUGAUUAUGAUCACUGGUGAUCACAUUGCUACUGCAUCGGCUAUUGCUAAGCAGUUGGGUAUUCUUGAAGAAGAAGGACAAUCCAACAGUCGUGCAAUGAAGGGAUAUGAGAUUGAUUUGCUGUCAGAAGAGCAAUUGGCCGAGCAACGUCCCUUUCCCGCUGUUUUUGCUCGCGUUAGUCCCGAUAACAAACUCAAGAUUGUAAAGGCUUUGCAGAGCAAAGGACAUUCUGUUGCCAUGACGGGUGAUGGUGUCAAUGAUGCACCUGCCAUCAAGCGUGCCGAUGUUGGUGUUGCCAUGGGUAUUGGUGGUACAGAAAUUACAAAACAAGCUGCAGAUAUUGUUUUGGCUGAUGAUAAUUUUGCCACGAUUGUUGAUGCUGUCAAAGAAGGUCGCCAAGUGUUUGACAAUAUCAAAAAGUUUGUAGUGUAUCUACUAUCGUGUAACUCGGCUGAAAUCUUCCUUUUCCUGAUGGCUGCUCUUGCCAAUUUGGAAAUGCCAUUCACUACCAUGCAAAUUUUAUGGGCCAAUAUUAUCGCCGAUAUUCCACCUGCCAUGUCGAUUGGUCUUGAACCGGCCGAAAAAAAUAUUAUGGAUCGCAAACCGCGUCCAGCAAACGAAGGCGUUCUCACCAUUCUUACAUCCGUUGUUGUAUUGUUACAUGGCUUGAUGAUGAGCUCAAUCACAUUUGGGAUUUACAUUUGGAUGGAGAAUACAGGCUUGACAGGAAUUCCUAUGGGUGAAGCAGGCACGGGUCAGCGUCGUAGCACUGCGUUCAUGGUACUUACGGUCAUGCAGCUUGUGCAAAGUUUCCACUCUCGAUCAGUAGAAGAAUCUGUAUUUGUCACUGGUAUUUUUGGCAAUCUAUGGAUGGUUGGCGCCUUUCUCCUUUCAUUCGCUCUUGCAUUAAUUGGUCUUUUGGCUCCAGGUAUUUCUACCUGGCUAAAUUUUGAACCCGUCACUGCAUGGGGAUGGCUAGUUGUGUUCAUCUCAGCCAUUGUACAAAGUAUAUUUGUCGAAUUGGUCAAGGUGGGUGUAAGGUAUUGCCGUAAAAAAGGAAUCAACCCCAUGCUUCCGCCUAUAGGCCGUCGAGCAAAAGAACGUGCACGUAACGCAUAUAGCAUUGUCCAAGUAGUUUAAAAUAAACGACUCGGCUGAAUUGGCUUUAUU